CAAAGGGGACAGCCCAGAAUUUCGGGGCACAGUCGGGCUGGGAGCCACUUUGCUUGUGAGCGGACUGAAGAGAGGAGCUUGACUGCUUAGCUCUUUCAGCACAUCGCAGGCAGCGCUGAUUUCUGGGGAAAGAGCUUCUUCCUCAGCAUGGAGGACGAUACCUUCUACCGUAUCCUCUGGAUCACGACAGUCUCAUUACUGACUGUACUUAUUCCAGCCUUCAGGAAGUGGAUGAAGGAAAGGUCCAAAACGUCCCAAACAGAGGAAGUGCCAACACGGAGCUAACCAGGCAAAUUCUAGAGUUUGGGACUUGUGCACGUCUUCACAGCACGCGAGGAUGCACUCCUCAGUGCCCAGUCAGACGGAUGACACCUAUGAAGCCAUCCAAUGUUUUUACAGAACUGUUCAAGACUCCAACAGAUGCUUGGACAGGCUCAUGUUGCAAAUGCCUGAGGGCAGCAAUGAGGGCAGCAAUGAGGGCAGCAAUGAGGGCAGCAAAGAGGGCAGCAAAGAGGGCAGCAAUGAGGGCAGCAAUGAGGGCAGCAAAGAGUGGAGCAGCAACGAGGUUGGCAACGAAGGCAGCAACGAGGGCAGCAACGAAGGCAGCAACGAGGGCAGCAACGAGGGCGGCAACAAGGGCGGCAACGAGGGCAGCAACGAGGGCGGCAACGAGGGCACCAUCACCUGUUGUGGGGAUAUGAAGACACCUUGCCCACAACCAAAGUCCCAGGAGCGGGACCUGCCCUUGGUGGAUGAGGCUAUGAGAAGUCUCCUGGAGCAUCCUGACAUGAAAAUGCAGGCACCAGAGCACCUGCAGAAGAGCCUCUCAGAGCCUAAUCUGGGGCACAAAGACUCCCAGCUUCCACAUCCACUGAGGCAAACAAGGAGGUCCGCUCGCUUGCCCUUCCAGCGCAGGCACAUGCAGGCUCAGGCAUGGAGGUCAUCAGCAGAGGCCUUUGGCCAACGGCAAAAAUCUGCCUCCCUGAUGGACACACGCAAACAAGAAACAAUGCGUACAGUCCAUGCUGACUGCUACAGACUCUGUGAACACCCUGACAACCAGGAGAACAGGUUGAUGUAUCUAUGGCUGGAGCAGUAUGAAUACGUUGAGAGGAAGAUGCAGGACUUUUUCACACCACACUGCGUCCUGCCUAGCAAUGAAGGAUCCAAGGGUGUGUCUCCAUCUGACCCUGCUGCUCAAGAGCCAGAGGGAAGUAGAUCUGCAGUUGCAUCAAGCAGGACACAUAGGUCACAGACUCCAUCUCAGCUGUGCAGAGGCUGCUGUGUGCCACCCUUUCUGUGCUGCAGCGUUCAGCAUGUCUGGGCCAAGCUCAAAGCAGCCAGCAAGGCCCUCUGUUCCAAGAUCAGAAAGGGAAGCGAGAAGCUCUCAAGGAAGGGAAGAAAGCUCUUCAGGAAAAACAGAGCCGACAAGGCUGGACGCAAGUCAUCAUGGGAGCAGACAAUCACUGACACCUCUGGCCAAAAGGAGAAGCUCAGGUCCACCUCUGGAGGCAAUGAAGGACUUGGUGGCAUCUGAAGACAAGACUUUCAGUGGUGUCAGUGAGAUCACAGGGUGCCAGUAAGGGAUCAAGCCAGGAUGGCAGCAGCCACAGGCACCUGGAUGUACUGGAGCCUGUUGCCUGUAGAGUGACAGCCCACAUGCUGCUACCUAGCAGUGGGUUGCUCUUGGAGCCCCAAGCUCCUUCUCCAGCUCAGUCUGUUCAUCCAUCAGGUGUUCAGGCAGGCACACCUGCAGCAAGCAGAGAAUUGCCACCAGAUGCGACCAGAGGGCAAGAGCAGAAUGGCAGGGGACACACCCAGGACAGGCCAGAUCCUCCAAGAAGAACUUCCCCACAGAA